AUGCCCAUCCGCAUUCCAACGACAGUGACAACACUUACGACAACUCUCCUCGGCACAAGCAGCAUCCUCCUCCCGCGCAUUAUCACACCCGCAGCAGCACUCUCGACAGUUUCAACAGCGGCGACAACCCUCUUUUCACCGUUAACUCCGCGCCUAACACCCAAUACUACCGCGACCUGCCCCCGCAUCCACCACCAAAUUAUGACGUUCAGCAGCACCAGCAACUUGGGAACGGAGGCGACCAGCCCCGCAAGCACGUCAACUGUGCCAGGACACGCACCAUCGGUGCAGGACGCCGCUGAGGAAGCCACCACCACAACCACCACCAAUGUCGAGGCUACUGCCGAUGGCGAACAAACGACCAACCCCGACGCUCCCAGAGCCCUCCCGGCCCUGCCAGCGCCCCCUCCGCCGGGUGAAGACACCGACAGCGGCAACGGGAUGCGCACAGUGAUGGUGAACGGGCAAGCAGUGGCGCUGGACAACCUAGGGCCGAUGGUGGUAGGUCGGGACGGGACGGUGUCGCGUAUCGCAAACUGGCCCGAGAUGACAGAGAUUGAGCGGGCAAAUACGCUGCGGAUUUUGUGCAAGCGGAACCAGCUGCGGCUGGCGAAUUUGCGGGCUGGAAGGCCGGCGGAUUAUAAGGGGGAGGAAAAUAACUACGGAGAGGUCCAGGGGAAGAAGGAGGAGGUUAAGCAGGAGUGA